ACGAGAGAACGAAUAGUCGGAAGCUAGAUCAGUCUGUUUAUACCUUCUACAAUUGCAUCCGGAUUUGAGAAAUACCUUCUUUAAAAUCUUGAUUUUUUUAACGUAAUUCCAUCUCUUUGGAUCUAUAGGCGGCUCACGUUCGAUGGAAUUAUGUCUUUACCGAAUAGAAGGAGCUCUAUUGUGACGUAUUCGGUGCUUGUGCUGCUGGAGUGUUACUGGGAAGCGGUGUCCGGGCAGCUCUCCUACUCCGUCUCAGAGGAAGUAAACCUGGGGACUUCUGUGGGAAAUAUCGCUAAGGAUCUAAACCUCAAUGUCCAGGAUUUGGAGUUGCGUAUGUUUCAGAUUGUCACCGGGUCCAAGAGAAAGUAUUUCGAGGUGAAUCCAAAGACUGGUGUUCUGUAUGUGAAUGAGAGAAUAGACAGAGAGGAGCUCUGUGUGAAGGCUCCGAAAUGUACAGUCAGUGUAGAGGCCGUUAUAAACAAUCCAUUGAAGCUUUACCGUCUAGAAAUCACUAUUUUAGAUGUUAAUGAUAAUGCUCCGUCGUUUAUUGAAAAAUCACAAACUAUCAAUAUAGCAGAGAGUACAUUACCUGGCUUGAGAUUCGCCCUAGCAGAGGCAAAUGAUGCGGAUGUGGGUAAGAAUACAGUUAGUACAUACAAGCUUAGCCCUAAUGAGUACUUCACUCUUGAUAUACACAAAGGAGGAGAAAGUGUGUCUGCUGAGUUAGUGCUGCAGAAAGCUUUAGACCGAGAGAAACAGUCUGUUAUAAAGCUCACACUGACCGCCAUUGAUGGUGGCAACCCACCGAGGUCGGGCACAUCAGAGAUUGUAGUAAAUGUUUUGGACAUAAAUGAUAAUGCUCCGGUUUUUAGUAUCUCAUUGUAUAAGACUCGACUUUUCGAGAACGUGCCCAUAGGGACAACAGUAAUCACUCUGAAUGCUUCUGAUGUCGAUGAAGGCAUAAACAGUGAAAUAGUGUACUCGCUCAGAAGUAAAGGCCAAGAUCAUAUAUUAGAUAGAUUUCAAAUCGAUUCUAAAACGGGAACUAUUACAGUUAAAGGUCAUAUUGAUUUCGAAGAAAGUCCUGCCUUUGAGAUCCGUGCAGAAGCAAGUGACAGAGGCCAGCCCCCGAUGGCAGCUCACUGUAAAGUGUUGGUAGAAGUGGUGGAUCUCAACGACAAUGACCCCGAGCUCACUGUGACGUCACUGUUAGAUACAGUGAAGGAGGAGGCUAAGAUGGGCACUGCCAUCGCUCUCGUGUCAGUCCUCGAUAGAGAUGGUGGCAAAAAUGGAAGAGUGAAGUGUAAAAUUGCUAAUGAUAUCCCUUUUAAAUUGGAAACAAACUAUAACAACUAUUAUUCUUUAGUGGUUGAUGGGCCUCUGGACAGAGAGAGCGCUUCUCAGUAUAAUGUCACCAUCACAGCUACAGAUGAAGGGACCCCGCCUCUCUCCAGCACCAGCGUUAUUACUGUACACGUUUCUGAUGUGAAUGACAACGCACCUCGCUUCUCAGAACCCGUGAUUAAUGUUUAUGUGAAAGAGAACAGUCCGGUAGGAGACGUCAUUUAUACGAUGUCUGCUUUUGAUCCAGAUUCAGAUGAAAAUGCAAAGAUUACGUAUUCGUUAUUAGAUACACGUGUUUUCAUAUCAUCAUCUGUAAAUAUAAACUCCCAUACUGGAGAUAUAGUCAGCCUGCAGUCUUUUAACUAUGAGGAGAUCAAAACUUUACAGUUUAAAGUUCAGGCCACAGACUCUGGUGUUCCUCCUCUCAGCAGCAACGUGACUGUGAACGUUUUUAUCCUGGAUGAGAAUGACAACAGUCCUGGGAUUCUCGCGCCCUAUUCUGAACACGGCUCCGUUAACACUGAGAACAUUCCCUAUUCUGCUGAAGCGGGCUACUUUGUGGCCAAGAUCAGGGCUGUAGAUGCCGACUCUGGCUACAAUGCGCUGCUUUCUUAUCACAUCUCUGAGCCCAAGGGAACCAACCUCUUCCGAAUCGGAACCAGCAGCGGGGAACUAAGGACCAAGAGGCGAAUGAGUGACAAUGACCUGAAAACUCACCCAUUGGUCGUGUUGGUUUCUGAUAACGGAGAACCCUCACUGUCAGCGACUGUGUCUAUUGAUGUAGUGGUGAUUGAAAGUACAGGUGAAAUCCAGACUCAAUUCAGAAAUGUGCCGAGAAAGGAGGAUAACUUCUCUGAUUUAAAUCAAUAUUUGUUGAUCGCCAUUGCCACGGUGUCAGUGAUAUUUUUACUGAGCCUCAUCAGUUUAAUAGCUGUAAAAUGCCACGGGACAGACGACAGUUUGAUCACCACACACCCUGACGGAAGCUGGUCUUACGCCAAAUCUACUCAGCAGUAUGACGUGUGUUUCAGUUCAGACACACUGAAGAGUGACGUAGUGGUUUUCCCCGCUCCGUAUCCACCUGCAGAUGCAGAACUGAUCAGUAUUAAUGGAAAUGACACGUUUAACAGGAAUCAAACAUUACCCAACAAAGAGAAGAGAAACUUGGACGCGCUGUCUAUGGUGCUGAAACGCUUCACCCUCUUUUGCCGGUUGUCGGAACUAUAA